AUGCCCGUCACAGUCAGGCCAUCAGAUCACGGGUCAAGAUCCUGGGCAGGUCGCAGAUAUAGGCUCGCGUCUUCGCCCGAUAUCCUGUUGCAUUAUACACUGACCGACGACACACGCACUAGUCCGCCGCGAGCAAGACAGCUAGUACAGAGUUCGUUUGCGGGGGUUGAGAGGAAGAAUAAUGUGUUCGCUACCAAGAACGGAUUUGUUCACGCAUGCGUAGAUGCGUAUAACGAGCACCACUGCCUGGUAAUACGGCCGGAGGAUGUCUGGUUCGCCAUCUUGACUCAAUUCAGCGCUUACGUCAACGCGCACUCCGACGAGCUGCGCAAGCGAUUCUGUUCUCAUGAUGCCCAACAAGAGCUUCAUAUAGACGUGGAACUGGACGGACUCGACCACGGCAAGAUGGCCUUCGCGAUGACGAAGCUCAUGCAAGAGAAUGUCCGGGACGAGGGCCUGCAGCAAUGGAUCCUACCGGCUUUCACGACGACAACCAAGGUCGACCAGGCAGUCGCCAGCAUCAUCUUCAUGGGGACAAUGCAGAAGUACUUCACGUAUAGCUGGGGAACGCGAUGUGGAAUACCAUUGGUGACACUUCUCGGCGAGGAGAGCGAUUGGAUCAAGAUACGAGAGCGAGCUGAGCGGCUAACGACCUUCGGUUCGGAGUCAUCGCGCUGGUUCCGGUUGCUAAAACCCGUAUUGGAUGGGUUUGUCACAAGCUUCAGGGAUCCCAAGGGCGAAACUACGAGGAGGUUCUGGCAAGCGAUCUGUAACGAGCAUGUGCCUAAUGGUAGCGGUACCGUCGCUUAUUCGGGAUGGAUUACUUCGUUCUGCUUCUGGGACGAGAACGGACGGUGUCUGCACGGACCAAAGCCGGGUCAGGAGGUCCAAUUAACGAGGAGCCAAAUGCCGAGCGGCUUCGCCAAGGUACCGGUAACGCUACUGGAUGAUGGCGUCGAGAUACCUACGGAGAUGGUCGCCGGCUCGAUGGCGAUGAGAGCGUUUCGAUCGAAAGUGACGGUCAGCGCCGAUGGCGGACCACAGAUGCGACAGAGUGCCGGAAAUGACACGAUACAACCCGAAGUCGGAUGGUUCAUGUACAAAACGUGA